AUGGCUGCCUCAUUUUUCAAUAAUAAAGCUCGUGCCGCUGCCGCCGCAGCAUCUAGCAGCUCUAAGCUCAAGGCUGGCGACAGCAAGGAAGAUUCGACUCGACUCCAGCCGUGGGUUGAGAAAUAUCGCCCCAAGACUCUCGAUGAUGUUGCUGCACAAGAUCACACAACCAAAGUCUUGCGGCGCACCCUGCAAGCUUCAAACCUUCCCCACAUGCUCUUCUAUGGCCCCCCUGGCACAGGCAAAACAUCCACAAUCCUCGCCCUCGCCAAAUCCCUCUUUGGGCCCGCCCUUUACCGCUCCCGAAUCCUCGAACUGAACGCUUCCGAUGAGCGCGGUAUUGGCAUUGUCCGCGACAAAGUGAAGAAUUUUGCCCGAGCGCAACUCUCCCAGCCAACAGGCCUAGACGCCGCCUAUCGCGCACAGUACCCAUGCCCACCAUUCAAGAUUAUUAUCCUCGACGAGGCCGACAGCAUGACACAAGACGCACAGUCCGCUCUGCGCCGCACAAUGGAGACAUACAGUCGGAUCACGCGAUUCUGUCUUGUUUGCAACUAUGUUACCCGCAUCAUCGAGCCGCUUGCUAGUCGAUGCAGCAAGUUCCGGUUCAAGAUGCUGGAUAAUAGCGCCGCUGGUGAGCGGGUCUCGAAUAUUGCGGAGCAGGAGGGUCUGCAGCUUGAGGACGGUGUUAUCGAUACGCUUAUUCGGUGCGGCGACGGUGAUUUGCGUCGUGCUAUCACGUAUCUGCAGAGUGCGGCGCGCUUGGUCGGUGCUACGAAGCCGCCUGCUGUAAAGGAUGCUGACGAUGAUGCUGAGAUGACGGAUGCUGGUAGCAACUCCAGGGUUAUCACGGUUCGCAGCAUUGAGGAAAUUGCUGGUGUGCUGCCGGAUGACAUUUUGGAUUCUCUUGUGGAAGCUAUGCAGCCCAAGAGUGGCGGGUCAGUCUACGAGGCUGUCUCGGGGGUGAUUACGGAUCUUGUGGCUGAUGGCUGGAGUGCCACCCAGCUUGUUGCACAGUUAUACCGACGCGUGGUGUUCAACGAAGCAAUUCCUGAUAUCCAGAAAAAUAAGAUUGUCAUGCUCUUUUCGGAGAUGGACAAGCGGCUGGUUGACGGGUCUGAUGAGCAUCUCUCCAUGUUGGACCUGGCAUUACGUAUUGCUGGAGUCCUGCGUGGAAAUUAG